AUGGCGGCGGCGGUGCUCCGGGAGGGCGUGCUGGAGAAGCGCAGCGGCGGGCUGCUGCAGCAGUGGAAACGCAAGCGCUGCGUGCUCACCGAGCGCGGGCUGCAGCUCUUCGAGGCCAAGGGCGCGGGCGGCCGGCCCAAGGAGCUCAGCUUCGCCCGCAUCAAGGCCGUGGAGUGCGUGGAGAGCACCGGCCGCCACACCUACUUCACGCUGGUGACCGAGGGCGGCGGCGAGAUCGACUUCCGCUGCCCGCCGGAGGACCCGGGCUGGAAUGCGCAGAUCACCCUCGGCCUGGUCAAGUUCAAGAACCAGCAGGCCAUCCAGACGGUGCGCGCCCGGCAGAGCCUCGGGGCCGGGGCGCUGGUGUCCUAGAGCGCGGGGCCGCGCCUGGCCUGCCCGAGGUCGUGUCAGCUUCUGGGCCCCCAUCGGCUCUCGGGACGUGACUGCUCCUGACUGUGCUCCGGGUGGCGAGGCUGCAGCUGCGGACACCCCCGUGGAGGAGGCGUUGGAGUCAUGGGUCAGCUGGAGCCAGCGAGGAGGGGGACGGCCACGGGGGAGGUGAGGAUGAGGAUUCGGCCCCAGGCGCUCAGGAUCUCAGGAUGUGCCCGUCCCAGGCCCAGCCUCUGAGCUCCAGCAAAGCCCCCACCCGCUACGGCCCUGCUGUCUACGCUGCAGUCUGUCCGCCUCAGGCUUGAUGCUGUGCCUGCAGGAGGGCGGCCCCCCAGGAGCGCUGAGCCAGCACCUGAGGACCCGAGAGGCCCGCCUGGGGACCACGAGACGAACCCCCGGGCUCAGCUCUGGAUUCACCUCAGUGGGGGUAGCUGAUGGGCCUGAGGCCCACUCUUGGGGUCGUCUGCUGCUUGGGUCCUUUUCGGGACCCCCACCCCUCCAGGCCUCUCUUUGCACACUUCUUCCCCCCUCCUGCCCAUCUUCCCCGCACUGCCGUGCCAGGCCUGGAGGUGGUGGGGUGGGUAGAGGCUCAGCCAUUACCAUUUCACACCUGUCCCAGAAUCUGAUACCCUGCAGAGGGCAGUGACCACACUGUUCUCCAAGUGAGAGUCUUUCCCACAAAGACCUGGUAUUGGGAACAUCCCUCUCCUCGCCUCCACUUUCCCAAGCUAAACCCUAUCCUGAAAUCUCCAGCCUGGGGAGGCCGAGACCCUGCAGCCCAGAGAACACAGCCUCAGAGGUGCUGGCGGAGGGACCCUGGGGCCUGCACGGGCCACUUUGGCCUCUGCUGUCCUCCUGGGAGGCAGCCGUGUCUCCCCAGCGGGGCUCGUCCCUUCGUCACCCACACACUUGGGCCUGCUCCGCUGAUAUCAGAAGUCUUCUGGCUUAAAAGGAAUCGUUUCAGCAGCAGAGAAACGGAGGUGGAGACAGCGCUGCCCUGAGUGACACAGAGACGGCCCGUUGGCUGACCCACGUCCGGCCUGCCCUGUUGCUGUGUGGCGGCUUCAGGGUCCGAUGGGGCAGGGAGGCUGAGUGUCCACCUAAGGAGCCCGGAAGCCGCUUCCAACCCUCUUGCUCCCCACAGGCUCCUCCUCCCAUCCGGUCACGACCCCUGUCCUUUGUCCCCAUCCCCCAGAGCCCUCUGCAGCUUCUCGUUUCUCUAAUAUGUGAACCUCAUCUUACAGUUGAAUAAGAACCUACAAGGCACAAAGGCA